GGAGGGGUGGGUGACGUCACGGCGGCCAUUACACAGCACAGGAGAGGCUGGGAGGAGGCACCGGGUCGGCGCUCUGAGGGAACAGCCGCCGUCAGCAGCAACAGUAGUAACGGGUGGUGCGGUGCUUUCCCUGCCGGGUCUGUCUGAUCAUCGGGUCCCGUCUCUGACGCAAAUCGGGGAUCCCGCAGGGCCGGUGUGAUCUCUGAGUGCUCCCCUAGCCGGCGUGAUCAGACCGCCUCCUCCUCCCCCCCUCGUGACCGCAGCAAGUGCAGCCUCUGCCAGCGUCCCCUCCUCUGUGCCCCCGGCCGGCCCUCAGCAUGGACGAAAAGCCCUUCACUAAGGAGCUGGAUCAGUGGAUCGAGCAGCUGAACGAGUGCAAGCAGCUGACCGAGAGCCAGGUCAAGACGCUGUGCGAGAAGGCAAAAGAAAUCUUGACAAAAGAAUCAAACGUCCAAGAAGUACGAUGUCCGGUCACAGUGUGCGGAGACGUUCACGGCCAGUUUCACGACCUCAUGGAAUUGUUCCGAAUCGGAGGCAAAUCGCCAGAUACAAACUAUUUAUUCAUGGGAGAUUAUGUGGACAGAGGUUAUUACUCAGUAGAAACCGUAACACUACUAGUUGCACUGAAGGUGCGUUAUCGGGAACGUAUCACCAUUCUAAGAGGCAAUCACGAAAGCAGACAGAUUACACAAGUAUAUGGGUUUUAUGAUGAAUGUUUGAGAAAGUAUGGAAACGCAAAUGUAUGGAAGUACUUCACCGACCUAUUCGAUUACCUUCCGUUAACUGCCUUAGUGGAUGGACAGAUAUUCUGUUUACAUGGCGGAUUGUCACCUUCAAUAGAUACACUGGAUCAUAUCCGGGCACUUGAUCGCCUACAAGAAGUUCCACAUGAGGGUCCAAUGUGCGACUUGUUGUGGUCUGACCCAGACGACCGUGGUGGCUGGGGUAUUUCUCCUAGAGGUGCUGGUUACACAUUUGGACAAGACAUCUCUGAAACUUUCAACCAUGCCAAUGGCCUUACCUUGGUUUCUAGAGCCCAUCAGUUGGUGAUGGAGGGAUACAACUGGUGCCAUGAACGGAAUGUAGUCACAAUUUUUAGUGCUCCAAACUACUGUUACCGCUGUGGUAAUCAAGCUGCAAUAAUGGAACUUGAUGACACUCUGAAAUAUUCCUUCUUGCAGUUUGACCCAGCACCGCGUAGAGGAGAACCACACGUGACCCGCCGCACCCCAGAUUACUUCCUCUAAACAGAGUUUUACACUUGUACAGUAUUGCCACAAACAGGAUUUUGACCUAGGAGCCGAGAAGAGAAGCCGUAACUUCCGUCAGGAGAGAGCAUUCGUCACACGCUUGUACUGUUCUCAAAAUGGACCAAAAGAUGUGCCAUAUACAAAAGCAAAGCCUCUCGUCUCAACAGCCCGCGACUACAUUAGAAAAGAUCCCCCCCGUUCAUUGCAUGUUGAAGUGACAUUGUUUAUCAAAGAGAAAAAAUAAAUCCGUCUCCUGGCAUAGCACUACCCAUAGUUACUUUUUGCUUUCUCAAGAGACUACUAAAAAAAAAAAAAAAAACC